GCUGGAGGGAUGAAAGAUUAAAGUUCAAAGGCCCAAUGGCUGUGCUGCGUCUCAACAACCUGAUGGCCAGCAAGAUCUGGACCCCUGAUACCUUCUUCCACAACGGCAAGAAGUCAGUGGCUCACAACAUGACCAUGCCAAACAAGCUGCUGCGAAUUAAAGAGGAAGGCACGCUACUUUAUACCAUGAGGCUUACAGUAAGAGCAGAAUGUCCCAUGCACCUGGAAGACUUCCCUAUGGAUGCCCAUGCUUGUCCACUGAAGUUUGGCAGCUAUGCCUACACUCAAGAAGAGGUGGUGUAUGUGUGGACUAGGGAGCCUGCCAAGUCUGUGGUGGUGGCAGAGGAUGGGUCCAGAUUAAACCAGUAUGAUCUGAUGGGACAAACUGUGGAUUCUGGUGUGGUGGUGGCCAGCACAGGCAAGUAUGUUGUGAUGACGACUCACUUCCACCUGAAAAGAAAAAUUGGUUACUUUGUGAUCCAGACAUAUCUACCCUGCAUCAUGACAGUCAUCCUCUCUCAAGUGUCUUUCUGGCUCAACAGAGAGUCUGUUCCUGCCAGGACUGUCUUUGGAGUGACCACUGUCCUGACCAUGACCACACUCAGUAUCAGUGCCAGGAACUCUCUCCCUAAAGUGGCUUAUGCCACAGCUAUGGACUGGUUCAUUGCUGUCUGCUAUGCCUUUGUCUUCUCGGCCCUCAUUGAGUUUGCUACAGUCAAUUACUUCACAAAGAGGGGUUAUGCCUGGGAUGGAAAAAGUGUGGUGCCAGAAAAGCAAAAAAAGAAGAAGGAAUCUCUCCUCAAGAAGAACAACACUACAGCUUACCCAGCUGCCACUGCUACAGCCUUCGCCCCCAAUAUUGCCAGGGACCCUGGAUUGGCCACUAUUGCCAAAAGUGCACCACCACCCCCGACUGAGCCCAAGGAGGAACCAAAGCCCAAGCCUCCAGAAGCCAAGAAGACCUUUAACAGUGUGAGCAAGAUAGACAGGAUUGCCAGAAUAGCCUUCCCUCUGCUCUUUGGAACCUUUAACUUGGUCUACUGGGCAACCUACUUGAAUAAGAAGCCCAAAUUGCAGGGGAUCACUUCACACUAAUCCAUGAUUCAUUCCUUUUAAAUUAUACCUGCAAUUCUUUGAUUUUCUUAUUCCUCCUAAAAAGUGAUUUAUUUUCAGACAAAUAUGGUAUCCAUGCUGGUUUGAAUUCCAAGUUGUUGCAUUGCUUCUAUAUUUACCUACAUUUUGGAGAUUUUGAAAAACAAAAUAGAUUGAAAAAAAGAAAUAUAACAAUACAGACUUGUGAAGGGUGUUGUUCAGGUAUGGGAUGACUCUACUAAGAAAAUACUACUAUAGAUAUAUAGUCAAGAGAAUGCUAUUCUACAACUGCACAUAGCCCAAACUUGUUAAGGGGCUUUUGUUUCUAUGUUUGUUUUCAUAUUUCUAUCUCUUUUCUGUUAUUUAAACAUGCUAUCACAGACACAGUAAAAGGCACUUGUGUAUAUGCAUGGGCGAGCCAUCUUAUUAUUUAUGUUUAUUUAUUCAGAAUACAGGUUAACAUUGGCUGGUGGCUUAGUUUAUUUGGUACUGACAGCAAAAUGCUAUGCUCAGUCUUUGUCAAAAUCUUCCAUUCUCUGUAGAUGUUUUAUGAGAUUAAUUAUGUCAUUCCUUAAAAAUAUGUUAGGGUUUCUGCAAUAGCAAUAAAAUAUGUCUCAGUGGACAUACCAUUUAUUUAGGGAACAAAAAAUAAAAAAAAUAAAUUAAUUUAAAAAAUACAAAAAUUCAAUCAUCUCCGUGCUCAGCAUUGAAAAUAGUAAUUUCCUUUCACAGCAUUGUAAAUAAUAUCAGGUGUGAGAGAUGUCAAUAUUAUGUUUAAGCUUUGCAAAGUAUAACUAAAGGGUAUAUUUAUUGAAUACAUGGAAAAGUAAACUUUUUUAUUUAAUAUAUUUUUGUUUCUGUUAUGAAUCAUUUCUACAAAAAGAGUAUAUACUGGUCCAAUUCAUGCUUAAGUGACUGUUUCUUGCCAAGUCAGCGUUCCAUUCAAAGCUGCUUUUACAAAUCAAUUACUCAACUGUGUACACACUGACUUCAACAACAGCAACAACAACAUCAGUGGUGAAAAUGGAGAAAGGCUAGUUAUGAGCAAGAAUGUAAAAAAAAAAAACCAACCUCAAAUCCUGGAGUUCAUUUUACCUUUAGAAUUAAAACACUCAUUAUUUACUUAGCUUGUAUGUUUCUUGAGAUUUUGAUUAUUUAUGAUAGGGCCUCAUUUGCCAAACCACCAUUUCUAUAAAAGUACAGCUAUCAUCACUAAGAGAAGGAAGGGGGCCUUUUCCAAUUUCAGAGUUGAAGCUGUAAUGGCUAAUACUUUGUUGAUUGAUGGUGCAUCUGUAUUUUCCAUCCCACUGUGUCCCCUUCUUACGUUGAAAAUUGAGACAUAACACUCAGAAAGUACCAGCUACACUGCCUUCAAUAUCACAUGCCCGUUUGGACUCAUUUGUUGCUGCUUGUUGGUGAGCAACAGCGAGAGACAGGGACAGAGACAGAAAGAGACAAAGAGAAAAAGGAGAUGUUGAAUUGAAGUGGCACUGGAAUCUUAUUUUAGCCAGCGCUGUGUUUCACACACAGAACUUGUCUUGUGGUUCUAUGAUAGUGAUGAAGAUGAAUAUAUUUUUGUCA